AUUAGUCGCCAUUUUAGAAAAAUUCGCGCAAGAUGCUAGUCGACUCGGCAGCCCAAAAUCUUAAAUAAUAAAUUAUAAUUAUAAAUACUACUUACGGCUAAAAUUAAGAACGAAUGCCACUGCGUCUUUUGCGUGUUUAUUAAAUUUGCCAUGAAUUAGGGUUCAGGUUAGGUUUUGGGAUACAUUAAGGGUUCAGGUUAGGUUUAAGGAUACAUUUACUUAGAUUUAGUGACAGAAUUAACUGGUCUUGUCAACCAAGAUGGCGGCCAUUGGAAAAAAAAACAUGGCAUCUCUCCUUUAAAUUUACCCCACUUACGAUAAUAUUGAUCACAUUUUAUCUGAAUCUUGAGGGGAAGAUAGUUGGGAACCUGAAUCUAGUGGUUCUGAUUCAGAUUUUGAUGAGAAUCUUCCUUUAUAGCCCAUUUUUGUCACUAAAACUAGAAGGUUAGUAAACAGGUGUUUCGUCAUUCUAUAUUUUUUUUAGAUUUUUAAAUUUUAUUUUAUCGGUUUAAAUUGUGUUUUUAAUCAUAAUGGAAAUAUUUACUACCCAUUUUUAAAUGAAUCUACGUAAAUAAAAUCAUUGUAUAUUUUGUGAAUAUGUUAUAAAAAUCAUUUUAGAAGCUUAUUCAUAGAAACUGUUGAUAUGGAAUGUAAACAAUGCAGUCAGCACUGAUUAUUAUGAUAUAUUUUAUCCUAAAUGAAAUUUGACAUCUAUGUGCUUUGUAAAAAUGUAAUUAUCUGACACUAAAUUUUUUUAUCAUAAUGGUUUUUAGACAGUAUUGGAAGUAUUAAAAACUGGAAAUUUGAGUCAAGUAUAUAUUUUAUAUUAAUUUCAUCCCUAAAAGUUACAUAUAGGUCUAUAACAUAAGUUGUUCUUUUACAUUCACAGGCUACAUUAGUUGUAUGAUUUUCGAGAUGAUGACCCACCAGUUCUCACUCCUAAUUUCCCCCCUGCCAGAUAGCCAGGCUGACAUUUGGGAAAGAAAUGUCAACAUAACAUGGACACAAUGAGCCAGCAUAUCUUCAUCCAAAAGCCUAAGGAUUUGCAAGAUAUAUUUCACACUGGAUUUGGUUUAAACAUUUAAAUACAUCUUUUCAACUACCAUGGGACCUUCUAAACCUUCUAUCAACUGUGGUUUAUUAAUAUUUCAACAAUAUAACAAUUUUGCAAAUUUCUAGGACCACUUAUAUGCAUGGCAACUGUACAAGUCCUCAGUGUACAAAAAUACUUAUCAACUUCAACAAUCUUUCAUUACUACCAUGAAUUUUUGGCUCAUGCCUUAUUCCCAAAAACAGAUUUAUUCAAAUUAGACAUUCUUCCAAGUUUGUGCAAAGUGAACUUGUCUGAUUUUAUCAGAAGAAAAUAAAGAUAAAAACCAAAGAAUGUGAUAUGAUGUUGUGGAUAAGAGAUAAUAUAAUUUACAUGAUGUUCAGUGGAGAGGAAAUGAAAAAGCCCACUUAUUUCAAAUAUAUGACAGCAAAUAUAUUUUCUUAUGUGAAGAGAACCAAAACUGAUGGUUAAUUUCUAGGCAAUUAUUAUUGGUGAGGAGACCAAAUAUUGUCAAAUCAGAUUUUGAAAUCAUACAAUUCAUUCAUGUGUGUUGUUGAUCUGUUAAUAAAUGGAUAUUUCACCCUAGGUAAGAGAACAGCACUCCACAAACCCCUUUUUCCAUUUUGUUAAUAUUGCCAGCCAUAAUCUCUUCAAGAUUUUUCAAAAGAAACCUAUGAUAUGGAUGAACUGAAGCUACCUUACAUUUAACUCUCAAUUGACUUCACUGAGGAAUUUAUUUUAGCUUUAGAUGAUUUACUAAAUGUGUUUAUGUUCCAAGUGCCGUAAUGUAAAUAACACAAAAUACAAUAAUUCCUGAAUGCAUAGAUUUUUGAAAGGCAUUCUACAGUUUGCUAAGAAAAUAAAAUCCUGAAUCAAAAUUUGCGCAUGGUAAACUUAUCUUUGUUUUAAAAAACAAGAAACUUUCUGAGUAGUGGUACUAAGAAGUUAAAAAUCUCUAUUAUGUUGAGAAAUGUGUACCAGUAAAUAAUUUUAAUAGAUAAAUACUAAUAACCUGUAAUUUUAAAAAAAAUUCGUUUUGAAGGUGCAGUUAAUUUUUUAUAUUUUUAAUUAUUUCCCCUUUUAGACACAUUUUACAAAAUAAUUUACAUGUUGGUCAAAUGCUUAUGAAAUGUUCUAAAUCAUAACUAUAACAUACAAAAAUGAAUUUUCUUUCUAAAUAAACAAAUUUUAUUAAAUUAUUUCAGGUGGUUUGUUUUUUUCCUUCUUUGCAUCUGAUCACCAAAUUUUUUUUACACAUAUUCAUAAAAAAAAAAUCAAUCAUUAUUUUUUCACAACUUCUAAGUGUUGACACUAUAUGUUUGAAAACCAACAUUUUUAGAAACCUCAUGCAUUUCCCCACUGUUAUAUAUAUAUAUAUAUAUGUAAUAUCAUGAAUUUUAGACAUGGAUUCUAAAAGUUAUUGACACUUUUGAGAGGUCACUAGAAAUCUCAAGAAAAACAUGCAAAAAUUCAAGGAAUGUAAAGAGUUAAUGAUAGCAUGCACUUUAUCACUGUUUAGUAGGAUUCUUUGACUUUGGUUAGUGUGCCUUGCACAACACCGUUUAAUACAAAACAUCAAUUGAACAGAGAUAACUUUUGUUUUUCUCAUGAAUUUCUUCUUCUUUUUUUUUUUAGGAGAUUAUAAUGAUUAUGAAGAAGAAGCAAAUGAAGAUCGCUCGCUUCAAUAAAAUUAAAUGCAUUAAUUUAAAUAGGCCACUUGACGUAAACAACUACAACACCAAUUAUCGGUAGCUAUUAGACUGGUAGCCAUGCACUUUGUAACGAAAAGUAUUUUAUUUAACAUUUUGGACUGCUGUUCUGAGGAGUGCCAACUUAUUAAUAGAUUAACUAUUUCCAAGCCUAUCGAUGCAUUUGUGCCAGUCGAUCAUAUAUCACUGAUUUAAUUUCUGUAGUUUAUUUCAUUAACUAAAUGACCAAUCCUAAAUUUUAUGUUCUCAAAUGAAUGAUAACUUGUCCUACUUCCUUCUGGUUGAAGUAGGGUUUUUUUACAUUUGUUUUUCCAAUAAUUAUGACUCUUUUUGUGUGAUUUAUGUUGAAACUGUUAUAAACAAAGAAAUGGCCAUGCCUACUCCAAGCACAUCAGCUGUUGAGUGUUUUUAGACCAUGUAUGCAGUAAAGUUUGCAAACACAAGAGCUUUCCUGCAAAAUAUUGAUGCUGAAACAUCAGACAAUAACCAUGAAUCAUUUGAAUCAGAUUCAAAUGAUGAUUUUCAGGUUUCUGAUGGGUUGGUAAAUGGAAAGAGAGAAGGUGAUAGUAAUAGUUGUGACACUGAGGAUUCAGAUAAUACUACUUCUGUUCCUGCAAAGAGAAGUCAGAAAUUAGACAGAAAAGAUGAAGGAAGAAUAGUUUCUAAAGCCCAGAACACUGAACACACAUUCCCCUAUUGCCCACCCUGUCAAAGCCAGGGAAAAAGCCCAUCAAAAGUGCAGAUGAGCGUCUCAAUGAAGCAAGGUACCUGGUUGAAUAUGAAGGGCAUGAUUAAUAGAUCAUGCUGCAAGAAAAUGAUAAACAUUUUAUAAUUUCAAGCAUAAAAAAUUUCUGCCCAUUUCAGGUACAUAACUAUGUCUUGAGAAUAUUUCUUUAAACAAUCAAAUAAAAAAUGUUAUAAUUUAUAAGAAAUAUAUUUUAAUUAUCAUCUGGAUUUUUCUUUUCAGUAAAGAGUUGCUAUAUUUGUGCAUUUUCAAAGAAUCCAUCAUGUCUAUCAAAAAGGUCUACUUACAAGAAAUAUCCCAUAAAGGCAUAUAAGUAAAUGGUGAGCCUUAUUUUAGCCUAUAAGUUUUUCUUAAAUUAUAUUACCAUUGAAUAUAACAAGACAAUAAUAAGUCAAUACCAACAUUUCCAAAAGAUUGUUUUCACCAUUCCUUUAGCAUUGUCCCAGCUACAAAUUUUCUAUUUUAAUUUAAAAAAAAUAAUCAUUUGAUUCCCAUAAAUAUAUUAUCCUAUAAUUUAGAUCAGUGGUUCUCAAACUUUAUCAGGCACUUCCCAUCGGAGUCAUAAACUUGACCUCAGGGCUCCAUGUCGAGCCCAAUUAUAAGCAUUUUAAGAAUACGUUUUUCUAGACCCUCUUUAGAAGAUGAUUACACAAUGCCAUAUAAAAUUUUCAUAUAUGUUAGCACAAUUAACCUAGAUUCAAAUGCCCCUUAAGAUAUAGAAGAAAAAGAAGAAGAAGAAUCUUUGUUAUUUUAUUUAUUCAUUUAUUAGUGUGAAUAAUUUAAUCAUGUGGUUCCUUUGUAAAAUAAUUAUGUAGCAAGAGUUCUGAUACAAUGCAUGUAAAUACCACUAAAAUCAACAUCCACCAAAUACAAUGAUGAGAUGCAACAAAGUGCAUUCCACCGUCAAUAAUAUGAUAAUAAAUAUCUAACUGAAAGCAAAACCUUUGGUACCAAUAUUUAAACUUUGGUUGAACACAAUUUUUGCUGAAUAAGCCCUACUACAACAACUGCCAUAAUCAUAAAAAUAGGUUUUUAAACAAAUCUUUGACUUCCAUCUAUAGAAAAUUCUCGAAUUGCUAAUGGGCUAGUAAAUUAGUAUAACUUGUGUCAUAAAUUAUGCUUGUUAGUAUGUGGCUCAUUUGUUAAGUCCAUUUAAAACUAUAAGUCUUUGUGUUUUCACAUUACUGUUCUUACCUAAAUUUAAAUGUACUGUUAAAAGACUUUGGUGCAUCUGUUUUAAAAAUAGAUAUCUUUCAUCAAGUCUUCCUGAUCAGAACCAUAAAAUGUUUCUAAAAUUUAUUUGAAAUAUUUAAUUUUAAUUAACAAACUCUCUGCCAAUAUAAUGUCCUCUGCACCCUUUGAUGGUCCCAGCACCCCUAAAAUUCACCAAGUCUUCCAGUGCCCCUUCCCUGGACAACCCAACAGUCAGCACUUUGAGAAAACCAGAAGAUUAUAGACAACAUUAACUGGACCCGACUUGCAGGCUAUUCUCAUAUUUCGGAUCCAAUUAAUUAUCCCGUAUAAUAUUAUAAAUUGUUGAACACGCCUUGCAAUUUAGCUCAUAAAUUAUUUUCGGAAAGCAACUAUGUCCACUAAUUCACUAAAACUUUGUCAAAGGGCAAUUACCUAUGGUUUUAUGUAAUUUAUCAGUGAUAAAGCAGAGAGAGUUAAAUGGAUUCAAAACAUUACUGCUUGAAAACUUUGCUAAUUGCUACACACUUUGUAAGAUAAAAUCCUUCAUUACAUACAUAAUGAGACUGACUUCAUUGUUAAAUCAUCUUGAUUAUUUCAUUAUUACACACAUAGGGAGGAUGACUUCAGUAUUAUAUACUAAGUAAGAAUAAGCUCAUGGGUACAUUGAGAAAAUGUCUGUUAUUUCACAUUUCAGAUUGAUUAUGGCAAAUAAAACAUGAUUCAAAGAACCGCAGCUAUUUUUUGUGUAGACAGCUUAUUUUAUACCCAACUUAUUUUAUACCCUCACCAAGGCGGUGCUAUUUAACCAACUUUGGUGGCUGGGUUUUGAUCUCCUCCCUGAGAAUAGUUGCUGUCCAUUGUUAAGUCCAUGCCAGCCAGCUAUUUACCCAUAUUUUGGAUGAAUAUGAAAACCGGCUACCUCUAGGUCAACCAUCCUAAAGCAGCGACCCUUUAAUACAGUUUCUCCUGUUGUGGUGACCCUGCACCUAUAAAAUUAUUAUCAUUGCUACGUCAUAAGUCAUAAGUAUGUGUUUUCCUAUGGUCUUAGGCGACCCCUGUGUAAGGGUUGUUUGACCUCCAAAAGGGGUCAUGACCCACAGGUUGAGGACCGCUGCCCUAGGUCAAUAGAUUCAUGUUGCAAAGGUAUCAAGCAUGUGCACUUUGUUGCUUUCAAAAUAAAUGGAGAAUAAGCUACACUCCCUCUUUGAGGGUUUUCUGUUCAGUAAGUCUAGGAAUUUUAUUGUCAUAAAUUAACAAAACCAACCCCUCAAGAAGUUCAAAUUAAUUUAAUUUUGGUUUCUUGUCAAGAGACCAUUCAAGCAACAAUUCCAAGAGAAAAUGAUGAGUGCUAUCUGUUAGGCAUACGCCUGUGGCAUGCCUCACACCAAAGCUGCAUGAGGCAACAUGCAUAGGCUGCCUCUGGUAAACAUUGUCUUUGAGUAUUAAGAUGACUUGAGUUAUUUUUUGAAGCAUCAGACUUGAACUAUUUAUUUUGUUGUUAAAAUUACUUUUAAAAAAAUAAAUUCUACCAUCUUUUUAAUCUUUUCACACAUAAUGAAAGACAGAUGCUAGAAAAGGUGUAAAGAAGUCAGUGGAGGACCUGCCCAAAUUUGUGGAGGACCAAGAAUCACCUAAUGGGGGAGUUGAGGAUGAAUAUCGUAAAAAUGCUGUCAACUUUGUUUUAGAACCUUCAGAAAAUAGGCCUACGACACCGUCUUCUAUUGCUACUGAGUUUAAGUCCUCGUGGAAAAAAAAGGGAAAGGAUAAACAGAAGAAGGGGGUUAAAAGAAAGGGGGAAUCAGCUGAUGUAGAAGAAGAAGUAGAAGAAGAAGAGGAAGAGGGGGACUCACAAGGUGGGAAAGAGAAAGGGAGGAAAAAGAGAGGUGGGAAAGAGAAAGGUGAUAAAGAAAAAAGCAGUGUGGUUAAAGGAGGAGAAAGUGGGGUGGAAGGCAACCAAGAAGAAAAUGAUGAAACAAGUGAACAAGUAACAGACCACAAGGGUGAAGUCAGGAAAGGAAAGACUGGUGAAGGAAAAAAAGGUGAUAAAGGCAAAAAAAGUGGCACAGAAAAAAAAGUUAAAAAGGGAGGGGAAAAAGGGGGUAAGGGAGUGAAGAAAGGGGUUAAGGGAGUUAAGAAAGGAGGUAAGGGAGUGAAGAAAGCUGGUAAGGGAGUGAAGAAAGCUAGUAAGGGAGUGAAGAAAGGUGGUAAGGGAGUGAAGGAAGGAGAGAAGAGAGGUGAGGGAGGGAAGAAAGGGGGUAAGGGAAAGAAAGGAGGUAAGGGAGGGAAGAAAGGGAAAAAAAAAGGUGGUAAAGGUAAGAAGGGAAAGAAAAGUGGGAAAGGUAAGAAGGGGAAAAAAGGAAAGGAAGAUAUGAAGGGGAAAGGAAAGAAAACGGGCGUUGCAGCAGCCGCGUUAGGUGUUAAUCCCACAGAGUCUCAAAUUAUGAUGAGUGAUGCUGCUUUUAAAAACCUCUAUUACAUUGCUCAUGAUGCUCCUCAUGCUCUAGCCUUGCGUGGUUUCAGCUGGAAUGAUGGCACCAAAAAGAAAAAGGGAAAAGGAAAGAAAGGGAAAAAGAAAUGAUUUGGCCACAUCUUACCCUUUCAACUAGUUCUUUAUCAUGCCAUAUGGUAUCAACAGCUAAUUAUGAUUAAAAACUGUUUACACAUCUAAAUGUAUUUUAUAUAGAAAAAUCUUUUACAUUAGUCUACUCAUCCAGAGUACAUCUGUUAUAUAUUUUUUGGAUUGAUAAGGCAAUGUGUUGUGCAUUUCUUAAUUUACACAUUUGCUCAAAUAUUCAACAGCUCAUUAAUUUACUUAUAAUGUAGACUAUUCAUCUUUCAAAUUAGUCAUCUUUUUAUAUUUAAACCAAAGGGCCUCAAUUUACUUUAUACAAACGUUGAAGCUAUUUUUCUCAUCUUAUUUAUUAUUGCCUUAUUUCCAUGCCCAUCUUGUGAGAAAAUCUGAUAUAAUAAUAUUGAUUUCUUGGAUGUUGAAUUACAACUCUUUUAAGCACAAUAAAAAAGAUUCUUAGCAUUGUAUGAAAUAAUAUCGUAGUGUUCAUUUCAUUAGCAUGCAUUCACAGGUGCUUCUGGUAAUGACCAAGAAAAACCACUGCUAUCAUCUGUUUUUGUGUGAGCCUUCUAGUCCGCAGAUCUUUCUUUUAUGUUAUAGACUAAGUUUUGUUAGGUCUUCUGAGUUUGUUUUUUUCCCUUAGCUGUGCUGGGAAAUAGCUUAUAUUAAUAAGACACGAACAACACUUUUUAUAAUUGGGAAAUAGCUUAAUGCUUUUUCACAAAUAUGACCAAGCCUUCUCCACCAGUUUCUCGGUUCCUUAUUGAUAAUCAUUUUUGACAUGAAGACCUAACAAAUGUCAUACCUCCUAUGCUAUUGUUUUCAUCAGAAUUAAAAAAGGUUUGACAAACAGAAUCACAAUAAAAGUAUCAUUUAGCAUCUUUUUGUUAAUCCAUUAAAGAUCUUAAAUUAUAUGAAGUUGCUUUGUUUCUUCUUUAAAAAAUUGUUGUUGUGAAAGUUUGUUGAACAAUUUUUUUAUAAUAUAAUAUUGCACCAGGGAUAUUUUACUGCCUAUAGGCAAUAGAAUUUUCUUGGUCCCAAAAUUUUCGUCUAAGUCUAAGGCUCUAUUUAUUUUCUACAUACAAGUUAAUGUGACUUACCACUGUCAUCUCAGUUAAUUAAAAAUUGUUUUGUUUGCAAAUUUUGGCUUCUGGUCUAUUCUUUUUUUUUAAAAUUGUAUAUUAGAAAUAAACCAGCGAACUUCCCAUCUGCUAAAAUUACUUGACAAAAAAUACAUUGAAAUAACACAUAUAAGAAUCCAAAUUAGUGCUGAUUUCUGGGAAUUUAUAUUUGGGGAAAUAUUGAACACAGCUUUAAAUACCCAGAUAAUUAUUAUUUGUAAUUAAAAUUUCUAUGGAAGUGUUAAAAUAAUUUAUAUCUCAGCAACCCCAUAAAAAACCCUUUAAUUCCCAUAGACGCCUUAGUGACCAUGCCAACGGCAGGAGGUUGUUUAGAUGACAUUGGCAAGCUCUGAUCUAGAUCUAAGGGAUUUUCUGAAUUCACUUUAAAGAAUGUCUUAAUUAAGAAAUGUUUCUGAGGUUAUCUGCAUUUAUAUACUAAUGGAUGAUUUCUGCUCCAGAAUAAAUGGAAAAAAAUUGCAUAAAAAUAUAAAAAAGUGAGAUAUUUUUGUUACAUCUAUAAUAAUAAAUUUUUAUGCUGUAAAGAAAAGAAAGCCUUGAUCACAAUUAUUAUUACUUUGGGUUCUAGUUUUGAAAAUUAUUGUGUUUAAGAAGUUAGAACUUGAUAAUUUUAAAAAAGUGAAUAACAGUUGACUUUGAUAGAUUUCUUUGUUGUUUUUUUUUGGUUGCUUUUUUUUAAAUUUAAUUUUUUUAAAUUUUUUGUUUAGUGGAUUGUGUGGCAUUCCCUCCAAAAAUAUUUUGAAAGAAAGGAAUUAACUUAGGUAUACCCCCAGAAGAAAUUGUUUUUUAAUCUUCUUUUUGGAUUUAUUUGUGUUGCAUCUUUUUACUUUUUUAUAUUUUCUAAUUAUACUUUUAAGAACUCAAUAAAAUCAAAGGUUUAUUAAAAGAAUUAUUCAUUAAUGAAAGGGAUACAUUUUUUAACUAACAUUUUUUAAUUGAUGUUUAUAUAUCCUAAAACUUUUUCCACCAUAAAUUUGGUCUAAAAUAAAUCAUGUAAGUUCCAUAUUUAUGCAAUAAUUGUUUCCUUUUUUCUUUCAAAAUAAAAUCUAAAUGGAAUCUAAGCAGCUUUUCCAUGUUUGAAAUUAACUGUAUUAACUACCUUAAUCAUUUUCAGGCAGGAAAGAAAAUUGGCAAGAAGUCCAGCAAAAAGUCUGGAAAGAAAUCUGGACGCUCAAAAAAGUCCAAGAAAUCUGGGAAAAGCAAAAGGUCAUUGGGAUCUGGGAAGUCCACUAAGGUUGCCCCAGCUGACAUGAUGAGCCCAGCAGCAAUGGAGAAUCUGUAUUUUAUUGCCCAUGAUGCUCCUGAUGCCUUAGGCAUAAGAGGAUUUUCUCAAAGUGCUGGAACCAAAAAGAAAAAAAAGGGAGGAAGAAAAGGAAAGAAAAAGAAAAAGAAGUAACAUUUAGACAAUAUUUAUCAAUUUUUUUUUUUUGAAAGACACAUUUUAACAAGUAAUGUAACUUACUAAUGCUUUAAUUUAAUUGUAGUUUAAUAUUGUUUUAGUAAACCAUGUUAACUGUUAGUUGUUAAAAGCGACCCCCAAAACCCCCCAGACCAUUUGUACAUUCCUCGUGCUAUAAGAAUAAUUAGCUGUUGUGUAAAUGUGAAGAAUUAUCACUGAAAAGAAAUCGUUUCUUUUAGGCGUGGACAAUAUCAUUGCUGUCAUAAGAGGACAUAUUUAAAUUAAUAUAGCCAAAAUAUGCCUUGAGAUGGAAAGCAGCACAAACAGAUAAUUGAUUUCAUUUUGAAGGCAGCACAAAUACUUUAUAAAAUGUAUUGUAACAGAUGUUGUCAAUUAAGAAAUUUAACACCGAUAUUCUGAUAUGCAUUUUAUACAUUAUUUUGAUAGAGAAAUUUUAGAGAUUGAAAAUUAACAGAUUUUGUUUACUUUUAUUACAAGCAUUUGAGUGAAACAUUGAAUAGACUGAACAAUAAGUCACAGAAUUGUUAUAAUAUUAUUAAUAAUAGAAUGUUUUGUUGAAAUAUUUUGACCUCGGAAUAUGAAACUGAACAAAUCUAGUUUUCCUUGUCAUGUCCCUUUGGUAAAGCUGAUAAAUGUAAUUGUUUCCCUUUUGUCCUUUACUCUCUUUCUCUCUCUCCCUUUCUUCAUGGACAUUUCAGCAAAUGAAAAUUAUGUGUUUAUUAUUUAUUGUUUUGUAGUAAUCUUAGAAUUAUAAGGACGUACAUUUAAUACUGUAUAAUAAUUUGUUUAAAGUUAAUCAAUAUUAUAAGUUCCACAUUUUCAACCACAACAAAGAGUUAAUGUGUAGGUGUUUCAGAGGCAAUGUGUCUACAGAUCUAAUUAAACACUCUUCAGAAUGCCAAUUAUACAAGCCUUUUGCCAGUCCUGAAAAAAAUUUUGUUUCAUAAUGGUGCUUGCACUUCUGCUGCGCUUUGUUGCAGAAAAAUAUAUUCUUUUGGAUCAAGUCUCUGAUGUCUGACUUAAAAUAAGCAAAUAUUUACUUAAAUAAUUUUUGUGUUAUAUUUAUACAUAUGAUCAAUAUAAAGAAAGGACAAACAAGGAUGCAAAGUAAUGUCAGUGCCAAAUUAAAGGCCUGAUUAUGCCUAAACAAUAAAUCAAUGCAACUGUUAGAAGGAGAGUUUUAAAAAAUUUUGUGAUGAAAAGUUGCCUUGUUAGCCAAAUACCUAAAAUUUAAAAUGACCUGACAGGAACAUAUCCUAAUUGAUUGAUAUAUAUGAUUGAUAUAUGAUAUAUGACAAUAUGCUUAUUGGGUCCUGGUGCACUCUAUGAUUAUGUGAUGGUGAGAGAAUAUUCCUUCAAUUAAUUGAUGACCCUGCCGUGGCCCUUCUGCAGCUAACAUUUAGUUCAAGAAACAUAAUUAAAUUAUUAUUUUUAGCUUAAUGACCUGUACACUGAUGUUUAUUACAUUAACAAUUUGAUUAAAAGAUCUUAAAGUUAAAGCAAAAUAGAUGAAGAUGCUUUUUUAUCUGCCAAAAUAAUAAAUCUGCCUAAAAAUAUAUUUUUUAGUGUAAAUUUUUCAAAAAUUCCUUUUAUAAGUGCGCUUAUGGUACAGUUAUCUCCCUUGUCUUGAUUUCCUUUUUCCAAUGUUUUCAAAAGUAGGAUAGUUUAAAUUUCAUUGUAACAAUGAAAAAAGAAAUCAUUUCCUUGUAUAUAUUUAUGUUAAAAUUAUUGUCAUUCCUUAAUUUUUUUUGGACGGAUAAGAACUGCUAACCCCAUCCUAGCGCCAUAUUUUCUUACAUUUACAUUAUUUGAAAGCCAUGUUUUGAUACAGGAAUUUGCUGUUGUUGCUUUAAUCAUAUUGUUCAAUUAAAAAAUAUUGUACAUUUUUGUUAUUUUUAUGAUAACAGCUAAAUUAAUUUUAUGUUUAGAUCCCAACUAAUUUGUAAAAACAAAUUACAUAGAAAUAAUUAUAGGAUCAUUCCAUAGCCUCUAUGCAAUGAUGCAUUUUGACAAAAAUAAUGUUCAAAAUGAUUUUAGUAGACACUAUGGAAUCAAGCCAUACCAAUAAUUUUUACUUGUAUCUUACUAAAAGAAUUCCUUACCACUAGAAAUAUAAUUUGUUGAAAUUGUUGUUAAAUUUUUCACUUCCUGAAUUUUCUCGUUUGUUUUUGUUUUUCAAAUCUUGGAACAAAUUUUCAUGAGUUAAGUACAAGAGAUGAAAAUGCAGACUCUUAUGAUUUAACAAUAUUUAAAUUUAACAAAAUUCUGGAAUCCUGAUGUCCAUUUCUUUUUUAGGGUAAUAUUAAUUAUUUCUUUUUUUAAAGUUUUAUAUUAAUCUCUUUGCUAUUGCUUCUACUUUUUAUUUUACGUUUGGCCAAUCAAAUUAUCUCUGUGACUCUUUAAAGUGUUGAAUAAAGAUAAAAUAUUUUAUUUUUACAAUAAGUUCAUUCUAAUUCCACUGCUACUUUUUGCUUGAAGACAUGUGUAAUGAAGACAUAAGAGAAGUUAUAUCCAUCUGGUAAUUUUAGUCAUAAAGUUCCUCAAUAAAUGAUAGCAACUCUGUGUGUAUGAUCUCAUGGUGACAAAUUUACUUCAUCGUUCAGUUAAUGCAUUGGGUAACAUUUAUAUUAUUGAAGAUUUUUUUCAAUGAUAUUGAGUCAUCAAGGAGGUGUCACCCCAUAUGCCUGUUGUCCAAAAGCUUUAACUCUAUCCUUGUUAUGUAACAUCUUAAAAAAAUAAAUUGUAAAUAGUUAAACUUCUGUUUUGUGUGUGUUUCCUCACCUGAAUGCAUGAGUUACUUAUGAGCUAAAAUGAUGA